AUGGUGACAAGUGAAGAGUGGAGCUCGAGAUUAGAUAAUGAUGACAGAGCCAGCGCUACUUCGUCCACACAGUCACUGAAAAGACCUGCAGAAUUCCCAACCAAUGAUUGUUUGGCUGCCGUUCAAGAAUAUGCAAGUGCAAUGGACAUUAAUAGAACUUUUUCGAAUACAAUUCAGAAUAUUGAUGCUAUCAAUCGCACUAUAACUUCUGAAAAAAGUUAUAACAGAGAAGCUAGUAACGAUCUGGAGAAUGGAAAAACUAACCGUGGUCCUCCGCCAAAAUAUGGUUUUUUGGAUCCAGAGAUGGCUGCUACCAGAAAAAUUGUAGCCUUUGCUUACGUUAAAAUUCUAACCAUAUUGGGUUUAUUAUGUUUCACUAUCCUGCUAAUAUAUUGGGGUGCUACUUAUAAUAGAAAGGCAUACUACCAUAAAGUUAAUUUUUUAGCCGUCAUUCAAGAUGAUGUAGCUUAUCCAAGCGACAACCAAGUUAUUUCAACUUUGAAUACAAACUUCACCGAUACAUUAAACAAUAUUUUACAAUCUGAUAGUAUCUCUGGUACGUGGCAUGUUUAUAAUCAAUCGGCUUUCAUGGAUCGUUUCAAGGUUGACAAUGUUUCACAAAUCGAUGACAAAGUAUUAAGUUUAUUGCAUGAAGAAAAAUAUUGGGUUGCUUUGGAUUUCAAACAAAAUAUCACAUCCACAAUAGUCGAUUCCUUCACAAACACAAAUGCUGCAGACGUUUUUAAUUCAACGGACUUUAUUAACGUCUAUUACGAAUCGGGUAGAGAUCCAACAAAUCUAAAAUCUGCUAUUCUGCCACUCGUUCAACAAUUUGAAGCAAUUGCAGUACGAUUAUUGAAUACACAAUUUCUUCAGCAAGCUGUCCUCCCACUUCUGGAGCAAAGUAACAUGAUACCGUCUAACAUAACUAAUGCAGCUUAUAAUGCAAAAGUGAUCGGUGCAAGUGACUUUGCAUUCAAUUACAUCGACUAUAGACCUUUCGCAGAUGCAGUGGUUUUAUCACCUUUGCAAGUGGGUGCUAUUUAUGUAUUGAUUAUUACGGUUGUACAAUUUGCAUUAUGGGGUAAGACUCAUGGUUUAGUAGCACAGAAGAUGAGACCGCUGCCAUAUUUGGUCUAUAGGUUUGUGAUCAUGUCAGCUACAUUAUUUAUUCUUUCAUUGUUUUUCAGUACUAUAUCAGCCAUUUAUCAGGUCGACUUUACAAAAGCAUUUGGAAAAGGUGGAUUUGUGGUCUAUUGGAUGACAACAUUUUUAACCAUGAUGGCAUUAGGUGGUGCAAACGAAAAUAUGGUUGGUUUGCUUGUCUCUAUUGAUGCAGCAUAUCUUGCAAUGUGGAUUAUUACCUUCAUUAUUGUAAACAUUUCUUCAUCAUUCUUCCCAAUGGUUCUAAGUAAUAAUUUCUACAGGUUUGGUUACAUGACGCCUGUUCAUCAAGCUAUUGAUCUAUACAAAGUUAUCUUCUUAGAUUUAUCGAAGCAUAAAAUGGGUAGAAAUUAUGGUAUUUUGGUUGCAUGGAUUGGUAUUAAUACUGCAUUGAUGCCAAUCUUCAUCAAAUUUGCAGGCCAAAAUAUGAAGAAGGCCGCUGAACAGCAAAUGACGACAGCCAUUAAAAGAGCAAAGGAAUUGGGUGAAAUUUAA